CAAAGGUUCCGUCCCGUCGUCUUUGCCAAGUGAGACUGUUUUCUUUUGUGAAUGUAAGGUGAUUCACCAUCAAUAUUAUUAAAUUAAUAUUUUAGGUCUUUAUCUACUACUUAUUAGGCAACACAAUUUAAAGUUGUUUGUAUGCUACAUCUUGGAUUUUGUAAUAUUUAAACUGCAAAAUAACAAUGGAGUGGUUAUUUGGAAAAAGAGUAACACCUGAGGAGAUGUUAAGAAAAAAUCAAAGAGCCCUGAAUAAAGCAAUAAGAGAUCUUGAUAGAGAAAGAAUGCGAAUGGAACAACAGGAAAAGAAGAUAUCAGACAUUAAGAAAAUGGCAAAAGAAGGGCAAAUGGAUGCGGUAAAAAUAAUGGCAAAAGACCUAGUGAGAACGAGGCGCUAUGAAAAGAAGUUUAUGAUGAUGAAAGCAAAUAUUCAAGCAGUCUCUCUUAAAAUUCAGACCCUCCGUUCUCAAAAUGCUAUGGCUCAGGCCAUGAAAGGAGUUACAAAAGCAAUGCAGAAUAUGAAUAGACAACUGAACCUGCCUCAAAUCCAGAGAAUACUGCAGGAGUUUGAGAAGCAGUCUGAGAUGAUGGAUAUGAAGGAGGAGAUUAUGAAUGAUGCCAUUGACGAUGCUAUGGAGGACGAGGGAGACGAGGAGGAAAGUGAUGCUGUUGUGGCACAAGUACUAGAUGAACUGGGCCUGCAGUUGGAUGACCAGUUGUCUGGUUUACCUCAAGCAUCUGCGUCCCUCAGCGUGGCUGGUGGAAAGACCGCUGUGGCAGCCACAGCAGGAGGGGGUGGCGGGGCCGCACCAGUCUCCGAUGCAGACGCCGACCUACAAGCUCGUCUUGACAACCUGCGUCGUGAGUAAAUGAUCACGACAAUGUCUAUUCUGUACAUUACCUGUAAUAAAGCUUUGGAUUAACGAAUGAUGAGCAAAGGUAUGGUAAAGUUCCAUUGUAAAGUUGCCUAAAUAAGUGCAAACCUUUUUAAUACUAAGUCUUGUGAAAAUUUUAUUACUGCUACUUGUAAAAAGUGUGAAUAAACUAACCCUUUUUGUAAGUUCCACCGUUGAAAAUUAUUAUUCAAUUAUAACUUUAAAUCAGUUUGCUAGUAAUCGUUGUAAAUUUGAACUGCGUAUAAAUAAUUCUAAAGGUCUAAAUAGGAUUUUGUAUCAUAAUUAGACUGUCAAAGUUAGAAUGUUUAACGGCUUUCAAUUUACAAAAUUAUAAAAUUUACAAUUUAUAUAUUAAAUUAUAAUUUCAAAUUUUGAAAAUUAACUUGUCUGUUAUUUAAUAACUUGCACACAAGUGGAGAUAGUUUUACCAUACUUAUUAUACCAAAUUCCCUGUGUUUUCAACUCAAGCAAAGUUUUAUCAGUAUUUAUUUGUAUAAAAGAACUGAAUUAAUUAUUUGUUCUAAUAUGAGAUGUAUCGAAGACACCCGAAUCAAUAAGCCAAGCUUUUGCUUAACAUUAGGUUGUAUAGUUUUAUGUUAAUUAAUUAGGUACUAUAAGACAAAAAUCACUUGCAGUGAAAACUUCUUGCACCUUUCAGGGACGAUUCCUGUACUUAAGUUGGGUCUUAGGUAUUGGUUAUUUUAAAAAUAUUGAUCCUUUUUAAUGAUUGUAUAAAACAUGAAUUGUCAGUGUAUAACAAAAUAGAUGUUUUACCAUGGAAGGAAGGCUUAUGCAAACAAACUCUGAAUAAUUGUAAAACAGUGAUUCCUCUUGGUUCAUUUGCUUAUCUUCUUUAUUGGGCCUCUUUAACAGUCUAAAUGUACCUUUGACUAUUAAUACAACUAGACAUUCCAUCCUCAUGUUAAAUAUUUCCAACUGAAGCCGCCAUAGUUUAUGUGAGCCACCGACAGAUUGCGCUGAUCUAAAUUACUGAUUUAUGUCGAAUGAAUACACAAUCUUUUUUACCAAUUCAAACUAACGGGAUGACUUAUGAUAGGUUAUAGCAACUGUUAUAACCCAUAAACUUGGUCAGCAACAAAAAAUAAGGUAGAAAAUAUAAAUUGAGUCACUAGCGCAUUCUGUGACUGGCUCACACAACUACGUUCUUUUUUAACAAAAAUUUGGCUUCGGCUGGUCUAUAUAGAUGGGACGUUUACUUCAGUAUCCAAUAGUCAAUGGUCUCGCGAAUAUAAAAACGGUAAUCAAAUAUUUAGUUAUUCUGAACAUAUAAAAUGUGAUUUGGUGGCUCAGUUGGUAGCGUCACGGACUUCGGGCCCAAGGCAGCGAUGUCGUGGGUUUGGAUCCUAGUCACUGCCGAUAAAAUUUAUCAGUACAGUUCACCUUUGUACUGUACCGGCUCACCACUCGCUUUGCUAAAUACGUUCCACGCACGGGCAGAUAGUCUAUGUGAACGGGCAAAUGCAAGGUUAAAAGAGGCUGCCAACCUCUUAAAAAAAAAGAAGACCCUUUAUUGUGGUUCGGCCCAGAUUACUAAAUAUGGCAAUAGCAAAUCCCUUCUUUACUCACAUUCACAGCUUCAAACCAAAGUUGUAUGUAGUCAUUUUUAGAUGAGAACAAAAAAAAAUGAAAUUAAUCAUUAAGAAAUAGGCAGGUCGACCCAUAGCUUAAUAAUUAAUGCGUUGGUUGAAAAUACCAUUGUUUGUUGUUUAUAUUUAGUGAGUAUUGCCUAUAAAAACAACUUUAAAUGUAUGUUUACAUUAAGAUUCCCUUUAAAAAAAUGUAUUAGUGUCAAAUAAGUUACCAAUACCACCUUAAAACAGAGUUUUCUUUUAGUCUCCUGAGUGAUAAAAAAUACAAUUUUUAAAGCAUUAUAUUCAAUGGUUGAUGUCAGUUUAUAGUAAUUUUUUACUUAAGUGUUUAAAAAACAAUGUGAUACUAUAGUUAAUAAUUGUUAUUGUAUUAAUAUAAGCUGCUAUUAUAACUGGAUGCUGAUUUAUAUUAAACGACAUAUAUAUUAUUUUGAUAA